GGAAGGUCAGUCUUCAUUUGCUGAGGACAGGAUCCAGAGAAGAGCAGAACUCCAUGUCAGCUAUUACAAGUGCUGGGUGUACUUUAUCAAGCACCAGCAUGACUUUGCUGAGAGGUAUCAUCAUUCAGAUACUCUGGGCUUUCUAUGCUAAGGGACAAGUGCCAGUAUGUGAACAGCCGCCUGAUGUUGAUUUUGGCAAUAUUAUUAGUGGUGAGAAAUCGCAAUAUGUGGAGAGUGACUCUGUGCAGUACGGCUGCUAUCCUGGAUACACACUGGCAGGAUCUGAACGGAUAACGUGUUAUGGGAGAAACUGGAUGCCAGCGCCAAAAUGUUUGGCACCAUGUACCAUCACAAAACAGCAACUGGAGGACAAAAAACUGCUUCUGUCCAGUGGCCGUAGACGUACAAUAAUGGUUGUAAAUGAUCAAAUAGUGGAAUUUUCCUGCAGUGAAGGAUAUAACCCCACAGAACCUUCAGCCAGGAAGUGUGUUGAUGGACACAUAGAUUUUCCACUGUGUAUCUCUGCGACAGGAAAGAAAUGUGGACGUCCACCUAUUGUUGUUAAUGGAGAUAUAACUACUUUUUUGCAAAAAGAGUAUGCCUCAGGCUCUUCUGUGGAAUACAAAUGCCAAAAGUUUUAUUCAGUGAAAGGGCAAAAUAAAUCUUUCUGUAACAAUGGAAACUGGACAGAAACACCAAUUUGUGAGGAGCCAUGUGUUAUCUCUCAGGAAGAAAUGCAAAACCGUGGCAUAGAGCUGACUGAGGCAUACAAUGGAAAACAAUACAUACAACAUGAUGAUUUUGUUGUGUUUAAGUGCAAAUCAGGACAUGUACCCCAGGCAUUUUUAUCUCCUGAUUUCACUGUGUGGUGUCAUUCAGGCAAUAUUGUGUAUCCCCAGUGCAAUAAAGAUGUGUUAGGAAGGUGUGGCCCCCCACCUUCUAUUCAAAAUGGAGACAUCAUUUCUGACCUAUUGCCAGUAUAUGCAGCAGGCUCUUCAGUGGAAUACAAAUGUCGAAGUUUUCAUGGAAUGACAGGAUCCAAAAUAAUCACAUGUCGCUUAGGAAAAUGGACAGCCCCACCAGUAUGCUCAGAGGCUGCUAGAAAGUGUGGGCACCCACCUGCUAUUGAUAAUGGAGACGUCAUGGCCUUCCUACAGAAAGAAUAUGACUCAGGUUCAAGAGUGGAAUACAAGUGCCAAAGUUUUCAUAGAAUGAAGGGAUCUGCCUUUGUUAGCUGUGAGUCUGGCCAAUGGACAGACCCACCAGUUUGCUUAGAGCCAUGUACAACAUCCCCAGAAGAUAUGGAGAAAAACAAUAUUGGGCUGAAAUGGAGCUCGAAAACAAGAUUGUAUUUAGAAAGUGGAAACUUUGUUGAAUUUGACUGUAAAAAUGGAUAUGUGAAGGAUCCAGCAUCUUCUGCAUUUAGAGUACAGUGUGUGGAGGGGAAAUUGGCAUAUCCUAAAUGUAAGAGAAAAGAGUUAUGUACAACAUUCCCAGAAGAUAUGGAGAAAAACAAUAUUGGGCUGAAAUGGAGCUCGGAAACAAGAGUGAAUUUAGAAAGUGGAGACUUUGUUGAAUUUGACUGUAAAAAUGGAUAUGUGAGAGAUCCAACAUCUUCUGAAUUUAGAGUACAGUGUGUGGAGGGGAAAUUGGCAUAUCCUAAGUGUAAGAAAAGAGAGCCAUGUACAACAUCCCCAGAAGAUAUGGAGAAAAACAAUAUUGGGCUGAAAUGGAGCUUGAAAACACAGCUUAAUUUAGAAAGUGGAAACUUUGUUGAAUUUGAAUGUAAAAAUGGAUAUGUGAGGGAUCCAACAUCUUCUGCAUUUAGAGUACAGUGUGUGGAGGGAAAAUUGGCAUAUCCUAAAUGUAAGAGAAGAGGUACUUCAGAAUGAAUAAAAAGAAGCAUCAAA